CAUCCGGGCCAGCAGCCUCGACUUGGUACUGUGACGUAGACGCUAUAUAACACCCUCGCCUUCUUUGUCUUCGGUCAUUUUAGAUUGCGUUUCUCGUUUGUGAGCGGUCUUAGAAACUGCAAAAUGGUGGAAGCAGAUCGUCCUGGCAAACUAUUUAUUGGUGGACUGAACACAGAGACAAAUGAGAAGGCAUUGGAGGCAGUCUUCUGUAAAUAUGGCCAUAUAGUAGAAGUUCUUCUGAUGAAAGAUCGAGACACCAACAAAUCCAGAGGAUUUGCAUUUGUCACCUUUGAAAGUCCAGCGGAUGCGAAAGAUGCAGUUAGAGAGUUAAAUGGAAAGGCUUUGGAUGGUAAGCAAAUAAAAGUUGAACAGGCAACAAAACCUGCAAGUAGACGUGGGCCUCCUCCUCCCCCCAGAAGUCGUGGUGCUCCAAGAGGUCUCAGAGGAUCCAGAGGAGGUUCUUCAAGAGGGCAAAUGCCUUUGAAACGAGGCCCCCCGCCACGGAGUGGUGGUCCUCCUCCAAAAAGAUCUGCUCCAUCAGGUCCUAUUCGCAGCAGUGGAAUGGGAGGAAGAGCUCCCAUGUCUCGGGAGAGAGAUGGAUAUGGAGGGCCUCCCAGAAGAGAGCCUAUGCCAUCCCGUAGAGAUGUAUACAUGUCGCCAAGAGAGGACUAUAGCUCAAGGGAUAGGUAUGACAGUUACUCAAGUCGAGACUAUGGAAGUACCAGAGAUUCAAGAGAUUAUGCGCCUCCUCCAAGGGAUUACGCUUUUAGGGACUAUGGACACUCCAGUUCACGUGAUGACUAUGUUUCCAAAAGUUACAGUGAUCGUGAUGGGUAUGGUGGACGAGAGAGGGACUAUUCAGAUCAUCCAAGUGGAGGCUCUUAUAGAGAUUCAUAUGACGGCUACGGUAACUCACGUAGUGCUCCACCUUCAAGAGGCCCCCCUCCAUCAUAUGGUGGAAGCAGUCGAUAUGAUGAUUACGACAGUGGUCGGGAUGGAUAUGGCGGUCGAGAAAGUUACUCAAGCAGCAGAAAUGACAUCUACUCAAGUGGGCGAGAUCGUGUUGGCAGACAAGAACGUCUCCCACCUCCAAUGGAUAGGGGCUAUGCUCCUCCACGUGAUUCAUACAGCAGUUCAAGCCGUGGUGCCCCUAGAGGAGGCGGCCGCGGUGGAAGCAGAUCUGAUAGAGGAGGUGGCAGAAGCAGAUAUUAAGAUAUUAAUUGUGGACCAAAGACUUCUUAUCACAAACAAUUCAAAGGAUAUAAAGGCGCUUGUUCUGCCCUUGACACCAGCGGACUACUAUAAAAGAAGUUUGUUUUUUAUUUCUUUAAUUUUUUACUGUAAGUUGUUUUAUUAUUUUUUUGGUUUUUCAUUCUCCAUGAUUUUAGGCUCAUGAGGAAGUUAAUGCUUAAAUCUUCAACUUUUGUUAGCAUUUUCUUUGAUAUGUUAAAUGUAUAGUAUGAGCUGUGUAUUGUAUUUUCCAAAAGUAAAGUUUCUCUGAAACGCCA